AGAGCGAGAGGAGAAGAAAGAAGAAGAGGAGGAAGGAGAGAGAGAGAGGGAAAAAAAUAAAAGAAGAAGAAGAAGAAGAGAGGAAGCGCCCUAAGAAGCGCCGGCGUGGAAAUGUCCCGCAGGAAGCAAGCCAAGCCGCGCUCGGUGAAGGUUGAAGAGGGCGAAACAUCAGACUUUACGCUGAACUGGGACCCGACCGUAACCCAAUCAGGAGGUUUGAGAAGAGAGCUAGAGAAUGAUAAACGAGAGAUCCGGGCAUUGGAAGAGCGCAACAGCAUUACCAGCCAGGAAGAACGAAAUGAGGAAGAUGAAGAUAUGGAGGACGAAUCAAUUUACACCUGCGAUAACUGCCAGCAAGACUUCGACUCUUUGGCAGACCUGACCGAACACCGAGCUCACAACUGUCCAGGAGAUGGCGAAGACGACCCACAACUCUCUUGGGUAACUUCAUCUCCCUCCAGCAAAGACGUUGCAUCACCCACUCAGAUGAUAGGAGAUGGGUGUGACCUCGGCAUCGGAGAGGAGGAAGGGGGAAGCGGCCUGCCGUAUCCCUGCCAGUUUUGCGAUAAGUCCUUCAUUCGCCUGAGCUACCUUAAAAGGCACGAGCAGAUUCACAGCGACAAGCUACCGUUCAAAUGCACCUACUGCAGCCGGCUUUUCAAGCACAAGAGGAGCAGAGACCGGCACAUUAAACUGCACACGGGGGACAAGAAGUACCACUGCCACGAAUGCGAGGCGGCCUUCUCCCGCAGCGACCACCUCAAGAUCCACUUGAAGACCCACAGCUCCAGCAAACCCUUCAAGUGCACGGUCUGCAAGCGGGGAUUCUCUUCCACCAGCUCCCUGCAGAGCCACAUGCAAGCGCACAAGAAGAACAAGGAGCACCUGGCCAAGAGUGAGAAGGAGGCCAAGAAGGACGACUUUAUGUGCGACUACUGCGAGGAGACCUUCAGCCAGACCGAAGAGCUGGAGAAGCACGUCAUGGCCCGCCAUCCGCAGUUGUCCGAAAAGGCUGACUUACAGUGCAUCCAUUGCCCGGAGGUCUUCGCCGAUGAAAAUGCUCUCCUGUCCCACAUCCACCAAGCUCAUGCCAACAAAAAACACAAGUGUCCUAUGUGCCCUGAGCAGUUCUCUUCCGUGGAAGAAGUUUAUUGCCACUUAGAUAGCCAUCGGCAGCCUGAUUCCAGCAACCACAGCAUCAGCCCAGACCCUGUCUUGGGCAGCGUGGCCUCCAUGAGUAGUGCCACGCCAGAUUCCAGCGCAUCAGUGGAACGGGGCUCCACGCCCGACUCGACCUUGAAACCCUUGAGGGGACAGAAGAAAAUGAGAUCGUUGGAAAGGGAAGAAGGCCAGGCUUGGUCAAAGGUGGCCUACAGCUGCCCUUAUUGCACCAAGCGUGACUUCAACAGUCUUGCUGUUUUGGAGAUCCACCUGAAGACCAUCCAUACAGAUAAACCUCAGCAGAACCACACAUGCCAGAUUUGCCUUGAAUCCAUGCCUACCUUAUACAACCUGAACGAACAUGUGCGGAAAGUGCAUAAAAACCACGCCUAUCCGAUGAUGCAGUUCAGCAACAUCUCCGCUUUCCACUGUAACUAUUGCCCAGAGAUGUUUGCUGAUAUCAACAGCCUGCAGGAACACAUCCGUGUCGCCCAUUGUGGGCCAGGAGCCACAACGCAAGAUGGCAACAACGCCUUCUUUUGCAACCAGUGUUCCAUGGGCUUCCUCACCGAAGCUUCUCUGACGGAGCACAUCCAGCAAACUCACUGCAACAUCGGGAACUCGAAGUUGGAUUCCCCCGUGGUUCAACCAUCCCAGUCUUUUAUGGAAGUGUACUCCUGUCCGUAUUGCACGAACUCGCCCAUUUUUGGCUCCAUCCUCAAGCUAACAAAACAUAUUAAAGAAAACCACAAGAACAUUCCACUGGCACACAACAAAAAAUCCAAAGGUGAACAGAGCCCCGUGUCUUCGGAUGUUGAAGUUUCUUCCCCCAAAAGACAACGGCUUUCUGCUUGCGUCCAUUCUGUUUCCAAUGGGGAAUACCCAUGUAAUCAAUGCGAGCUGAAGUUCUCCAACUUUGAAAGUUUCCAGACCCAUCUGAAGUUGCACUUAGAGUUACUGUUAAGGAAGCAGUCAUGUCCUCAGUGCAAAGAAGACUUCGACUCCCAGGAGUCUCUUCUGCAGCAUCUCACCAUCCAUUAUAUGACGACCUCGACGCAUUAUGUCUGCGAGAGCUGUGACAAGCAAUUUUCAUCGGUGGAUGAUCUUCAGAAGCACCUCCUGGACAUGCAUACGUUUGUCUUGUACCAUUGCACCCUGUGCCAAGAGGUUUUCGACUCCAAGGUAUCCAUCCAAGUGCACCUGGCAGUCAAGCACAGCAACGAGAAAAAAAUGUACCGCUGCACGGCAUGUAACUGGGAUUUCCGGAAGGAGGCGGACCUCCAGAUCCACGUGAAGCACAGCCAUUUGGGGAACCCUGCCAAGUCACACAAGUGCAUCUUUUGCGGGGAGACCUUCAGCACAGAGGUGGAGCUGCAGUGCCACAUCACGACCCACAGCAAAAAAUACAACUGCAAAUUCUGCAGCAAGGCAUUCCACGCCAUUAUUCUGCUCGAGAAACAUUUGCGGGAGAAGCAUUGUGUCUUCGACGCCGGUGCUGAGAAUGGCACGGCCAAUGGCAUGACGCCAGCCAGCAAGAAGGCUGAGUCGACAGAUAUCCCAAACAUGCUGAUCAAAAACCCAGAUACAUCCAAUAGCCACGAAGCUAGUGAGGAUGACAUCGAUGCCUCUGAACCUAUGUACGGUUGCGAUAUUUGUGGAGCUGCGUACACAAUGGAGGUCCUGCUGCAGAACCAUCGUUUGCGGGAUCAUAAUAUCCGACCCGGGGAGGAUGAUUGUUCCAGGAAGAAAGCAGAAUUCAUCAAAGGGAGUCACAAGUGUAAUAUCUGCUCAAGGACCUUUUUCUCAGAGAAUGGCCUCCGGGAACACAUGCAGACCCAUCGGGGUCCAGCAAAGCAUUAUAUGUGCCCUAUUUGCGGGGAGCGCUUCCCAUCGCUCCUGACCUUAACGGAGCAUAAAGUAACUCACAGCAAGAGCUUGGACACGGGCACUUGUCGGAUCUGCAAAAUGCCACUGCAGAGCGAAGACGAUUUCAUUGAGCACUGCCAGAUGCAUCCUGACCUUAGGAAUUCCCUCACCGGAUUUCGUUGUGUUGUCUGCAUGCAGACAGUCACCUCCACUCUGGAACUAAAAAUCCACGGAACGUUCCAUAUGCAAAAAUUGGUAGGGAACUCGGCUGCGUCAUCGCCCAACGGCCAGGCUUUGCAGAAACUCUACAAGUGUGCUCUGUGCUUGAAAGACUUCAGAAACAAGCAAGACUUGGUGAAACUGGAUGUUAAUGGUCUACCAUAUGGACUGUGUGCUGCUUGCAUGGCUCGAAGCACCAAUGGACAGUCCUUCGGCCUGACCGUACCGGACAUUAGCGAAAGACCUUGCGGUAGCCUGAGAUGUCCAGAGUGUAGUGUCAAAUUUGAAAGUGCCGAAGAGCUAGAGAGCCACCUCCAGCUGGAUCACCGAGAUCUGACGCCUGAAACCAGUGGCCAAAAGAAGGGUACACAGACAUCUCCCAUUCCCAGAAAGAAGACUUACCAGUGUAUCAAGUGCCAGAUGACCUUUGAAAAUGAAAGAGAAAUACAGAUCCACGUUGCAAAUCAUAUGAUUGGUGCAGCUCCUGUUCCCCAUGGUGAGGUCUUCCACUCUUUUCCAACCCCCAUCUUACUGGAGAGGAGGAUUAGCAAAAAUGCUAUCACAGAGGAAGGCAUCAAUCACGAAUGCAAGCUUUGUAACCAGAUGUUUGACUCUCCAGCAAAGCUCCUGUGUCACCUGAUUGAGCACAGCUUCGAGGGGAUGGGAGGGACAUUCAAAUGCCCUGUUUGUUUUACAGUUUUUGUACAGGCAAAUAAAUUACAGCAACAUAUCUUUGCUGUCCACGGACAAGAGGACAAAAUUUAUGAUUGUUCGCAGUGUCCACAGAAGUUCUUUUUCCAGACUGAACUUCAGGUAUGGCUCUUUUUUUUUCUUCCCCUGAAAACGAUUGUGUACAAAUUCCUUUUGAAGUAUCCAGUGCGAUUAUCUGCGAAUAAUGAAUUAAUUGCGAGCAGGUAUCAAGGCAAUCUCCGUCUACGUUCCUCUGUUCCUGUGAUAACAGGAAGUUCUCUUUUCCUCCUCGAGUGCAAACUGCAAAACCUCCUGAAACCAGGCGCCAUAAAUAAAUAA